AUGUUUGUGGCUUUACUAUUUACCACCCAGAUGGGGAUGAGCUUUGCUCUUGUACACUACCAUUAUCUGGGCGAAGUGGUCGGUAGCCAGGUUAAGGCUAUUCUUACAGCAAUAAUCUUUGAAAAGUCUUUGAAGCUCUCUAACAGUGAAAGCAAUGACUGGACUGAUGGGAAGAUAGCGAACCUUAUUACAAUCGAUUCGCAGCGUAUUGAGAGCGCUCUUCUAUAUGCCAACAUGAUUUGGAGUGAGCCAGUGGCCGUGGUCGCGGCAUUGGCAAUCCUGUUCUAUAAUCUUACCUGGAGCGCUCUGAGCGGUCUCUUGCUCCUUGGGGUGGGUGCGAAAGGCCUGGAAUACAGCAUGGGUUGGCUGAUGUCAAGACGUCUAGCAAUCAAUGUCGCGGUAGAUCACAGAAUAUUGAGCCUCCUUGAAGGACUGCGCAAUAUGAAAUUUGUCAAGUUCCAUGCUUGGGAGCCAUACUUCCUCCGUCGAAUCUCUGAUGUCAGAGAGGCCGAGGUCCAGCAGCAACACAAGCUAUUAAACCUCCAGAGCACGAUCAUGUCCCUGUCUACCUCGCUACCUUCAUAUGCGGCGAUGUUGUCUUUCAUUAUAUUCAUGACAGUCCAUGGCCGACUGACUGCCGCAGAGGCAUUUUCUUCGCUGGCGCUGUUCAAUUGUCUUCGCAAGCCUCUCAAUAUCUUGCCCAUGGUGCUUAACCAGCUCAUCGAUGCAUGGGUAUCCAUACAACGCAUCGAAUCAUUUCUGAAGGCGGAGGAUCAACAGAAGACAAUCGAGUGGGAUCUCAACUCCGUCAAUGUCGUCGAAAUAACCAGCGGCUACUUUUCCUGGGAUUAUGCUGCCCAUGGCGAUAUUCCUUCUCCCGUGAUUGACGAAGAGACCAGUCUGCUGUCCACGCAUGAAUCCAGCAUGCCUGGCAAUGGGCACUCGUCGUCUUCAGCCCUAAGUAACAUUGACUUGCAGGUCAAGCCAGGAGAGCUUAUCGCAAUCGCAGGGCCUGUAGGUGCAGGCAAGAGUGCCCUUCUCCUCGCUCUUGCCGGCCAGAUGAGCCAAACUCGAGGCCAUGUCAUACUAGGCGCCACACGAUCCUUUUGCUCUCAAGUGCCGUGGAUUAAAAGUGGAACUGUCCAGGAGAAUAUUUUGUUUGGCAAACCUUUACUACGGCCAUGGUAUGAUGAGGUGGUGGAGGCAUGUGCUUUGAAGCCAGAUCUCAAGACAUGGGAGCAUGGCGACGCUACUUACAUCGGCGAGCAGGGUAUCACACUGUCCGGCGGCCAGAAGCAACGUAUCAGUCUUGCGCGAACAAUAUACGCAGACGCCGAUCUAUUGCUUCUAGAUGAUCCUCUAUCAGCCGUCGACGCGAAUGUUGGCCAGCAUAUCUUCAAUAAAGCUAUUCUUGGCUUAUUACGUGGGAAAACCUGCAUUUUGGUGACUCACCAAAGGCACAUAAUCACCCAAUGCGAUCGUAUUUUGUGGCUAGAAAAGGGCCAAAUUAAGGCUUCUGAAAGCCUAUCCAAUCCAUCUUCUGGUGAUGAAUUGUUGUCGCGUUUGGUUCCUACCCAGGAGAAUUACCUGCCAAAGAACUCGAAAAAUGCAGAGCAUGGCGAAUUGAGCAAUGGAGACUAUGAAGCAGUGCAUAGCGACCAAGAUCAUAAUACGAUGAUAAACAGUGAAACUCAAAAGUCGGGCAAUAUACACGGGUCUGUUUACAAAACGUACCUUUCUGCGUCGGGCUCGAUCUUCCAUUGGCCUAUUCUAUUCUCUCUCUUGAUUGUCUCGCAAAUAGCUGGAAUAUUCACUAGCGUUUGGCUCUCAUGGUGGGUGGAUAACACCCUAGGGUGGGAUAACCAUGCUUAUAUAGUCGGCUAUAUCCUUUUUGGGGUAGUCCAGAGCGUUCUCGCAUGGGCAUAUCUUAGUCAGGCUUCAAUUACCGGCUUGCGAGCCAGUGACAAUCUGUUCAAGACAGCUCUCCGGCGUGUCUUAUAUGCGCCCAUGUCAUUUCACUCUUUAAAUCCAGCUGGUCGGUUGAUGAACCUAUUCUCCAGUGAUGUGAAUCAACUGGACAAUGGAGUUAGUGGCUCGGUUCAGGCCUUCUUCAUGCUAAUUGGCAUUGCGUUCUCCACAUUCCUACUCAUAUCUGUUCAGUUUCCUCUUUUUGUACUAUCCUUCCCAGUGAUUUCUUCCGUCGUAUACUAUACUUCCAGUUAUUACCGCGCUUCGAGGCAACAGCUGAAACGGUUUGAGACUGUAUCCCGCUCUGCUGUUGCAGGGAAUACUGUCGAGUGCAUUGCAGGUCGUCAGACCAUCCGAAGCUUUGGCGUCCAGCAUAUCUUCCAAAGUCGAUUGAGUAUCGCUAUCGAUGAAGCAAGUAACCUUUCAUAUCUGAUGUCCGCUAGCCAACAGUGGUUGAAUCUCCGACUGGAUACACUGGGCAAUAUUCUCAUUCUGUUCGUCGGAGCCUUGAUUGUCAUGUCCGACAACUCGAUUCCAGCAAGUAUGUCUGGAUUAUUAAUGACGUAUGCCCUGGCUGUCGUACAAAUAAUCCCUGGCAUUGUAUCCCAAACCGCUGAGAUUGAAAACUCUUUUAUCACAGUUGAGAGAAUGUUAUAUUAUGGCAAUGAGAUUCCGACAGAGAUGUCUAGCUCUGCUACAGUGCCACCGUCAACUUGGCCAGAGACCGGAACCAUAACCAUGAAGGAAGUCAGUCUGCGCUAUCAUAGUGAUCAUCCUCGAGCACUGCAAGAUGUCAACCUCACAAUCAAUGAUGGAGAAAAGGUCGGCAUCAUUGGGCGUACCGGUGCAGGCAAAUCCUCAGUUGUAUCCGUUCUUUUCCAACUAUUCCCACUGGAGCAUGGGUCAGUUGUCAUUGACAAUAUCAACAUCGCAAAUUUGAAUCUUCAUUCCCUGAGAUCCAAAUUAGCUAUCAUCCCUCAAGACCCCACUCUCUUCCAGGGCACAGUUCGAACAAACUUGGACCCCUCCAGAGAAUACCCAGACGAUGUUCUCUACAAUGCACUUCGCAAAACCAACCUUUACCUGCAGGUGCACCUUGAUCGAGAAGUUCUACCAGAUGGCAAAAACUUUUCUCUGGGUGAGCGGCAGUUGCUAGCAUUGGCACGUGUUUUGGUGCGAGAUCCUCGCAUCCUCGUUUGUGACGAGGCGACUUCUGCCGUCGAUCAAGACACGGAUCGACAAGUGCAGCAGACACUACUAGAGGCAUUUCAGGAUCGAACAGUAAUCUGCAUUGCUCAUCGACUGCAAACGAUUAUACGUUAUGACCGAAUCUGCAUGGUAGAUCAAGGCAGAAUUGUUGAUUUCCAGAGUCCACUUGCAUUGUUCGAUACAAAUGCUGAGUUCCGCCAGAUGUGUGAGCUCAACCACAUCACCCGCAAGGACAUUGUUUAG